CCAUGAAAGGAAGGCUUAGACAAACAGAGGAGAAGUUACAUUAAAAUAAGAGUGAUUCAGUCAGAACAACCAAUGGCGAAAUAUCUAUCACAUUUGUGCUCUGCAUAAUUCUACUCAACAUCUUAAUUCUUAAUUCGCUUUGGCACAUUGUAAUGUCUUUCUCUGGUGCUCUUUUCUCUCACUGCCUUCCCAAAUCACCGAUUUAACUGCACAUAAUUCACAAGAUGGUGUGGUUGCUUGUUUCGUGUUAAUUCUCUUCUGGGGUUGACUUGUGAAGCUAAUUGGGAUCUAACAAAACUGCAUUAUUUGGGUCAGUUUCUACUCUUUGUCUUUCACCUUUGUCUUGAACCAAUUUGAGUUGUUUCUUGUAGUGCUGGGUGAUUGGGAGUUCAUGUCGUUAGGAACUUUCAGACACCUCAGAUCGUGUGCCAGCUGAAACUGAAACUGAAACUUUGAUCUACACAGCUUCUAUCUUAUAUUUCUGAAAUUGGGGUUAUCCAAAUUGUCUUCAUUGUUGAUGUUUGAUGGAGUGGUUGAAUUCGGAGAUAGGAUUAGAAUAUCCAGGUUUAGUGAAUAAGGCAGAGGCUUAUAGCAGUACUAGCAACAGAAGUGACAAUUCUGAUGAAAAAAAAAGAAAAGAAUUGUUGAACAGUUAUUUGGGGUGAUGAGUGAUUGCUUCUUCCCUCUAUCUCCUCAUCCCUUUGUGUUGAAAUGUUUCAUUGGCUUCACUGUAUUUGCUUGAUACCCCUUUGAUUUCUGGAAGCAAACUGUAGGUAUUACUAGAACUAGAUUCUAGGAUACAUAUAGCUUGAAGUUAUGUCUGCUUAUGGCCAUCAAAUGGAGCAGAUGCAUUCUGCACGGAGUCUCUCAGGUGGUUCUGAGGUGAGGAGCAGUUAUGUGAUGGAGUCAGGAUUCUACUUCACAUCUUUUGCUGCAACCAUAUUCGUUGCUGCACUUGGCGCCGCCGGGCUUUUAUUAAUUACUUUGCUGAUUUCACUGGCAGUGAUGCUGCAAUCUUGUCAAAAUAAAAAUGCUGGAGUUAUUGACCUUCAGAAUAUAAAUGGCGACUACAGUUAUUGCAAGGUUUAUUCUCUGCACGCUAAGCUCAAUAACUUGGAAGGAGAUAGUCUUCCUGACAUCUGCAAGGACCUGGCCUUACAGUAUAUCAGAGGAGGUCAAUAUGCUAGAGACUUGGAUCUGACCAACUCUGUUAUUGAGGAUUACUUCAACAGUGUUAGACCAUCGGAUGAUGGUCUUGAUGCGGUGUUGAUGGACAUAGAUGGCAUUUUCCCACCAAAUCCUCAUUCUUCCAAUUUGUUUGAAAGCAUUAGCAAUUGUAUCUUAGAGGCAAAGAAUUUAAAGCGCAUGCUUGUUUUAAGAUUAUACAUGAACUUUCAAGCUGGUGGAUGGUCUAUAAUUUUGUUAUCAAGAGAGCCCGGAACAUACCAAAAUGUCACCAUCAAUCAUCUUGUCUCUGCUGGAUUUAGAGGUUGGUCUUCCUUGAUGAUGAGAGCAGAAGAUGAAGAUUCUACCAAAGAGAAUGGGUGCUUUUCGAGGCAAAUGAAUGUGAUACAGACGAAAGGCUUCCGUAUAAAAAGUAUCAUAAGCAGCCAUAUGGAUGCUUUGGCUGUUGCAGAUACAGGAAUCCGAAAAUUUUUGCUUCCGGACCCUAUAUGUGACAAGUUUGAGCAGAGCAAAGGAUAGCUUAGAUGCUGGAUUUUUUUGUUAUUUUUUUUUAUUCUCUGCAUCUCGCUUUGUUCAUAUCAGAUAUGUAGCAAUUACGUGUCUGCCAAAAGAAAAGUAACCGACAGAUCGAAAAGAGCAUUGUAUGCUUUUAAAAUAAUAUCUUCCUCACUGGGCCAUACAAAAUAUGAUUACUCUCCUACAUGCAGCACAUGCAUGUUUUGCUUAUA